AUGGUAUUAGCGUCUUCAAAAUCGACACUCCCGCUCUCAGACACCCCUCAAUUAACAUACGACCAUUCCCCAUCAAACAUCUCAACUCUCUGCAACGAAGUCCUCAAGGACCAUGCCAUUAAACACUCGUCUGAUCCUGCGGAAUGCUUCCUCAAAUCUAGCACAAAGCAUUCUCCUGCUGGAGAACACCACACUCCUACCACAGUCUUCUAUCCAACGACCACAGCUGAAGUGUCCAGCAUUGCCAAAGCAUGUCAUGAGAGGAAUAUCGCAAUAACUUCUUUUGGUGGGGGCACGAGUCUGGGAGGUGCAUUGACUGCGACAAGAGGUGGGGUGUGCAUCGAUUUUAGGAACAUGGAUCGAAUUUUGGGGGUGCAUGACGAGGAUAUGGAUGUUGUUGUGCAGCCGAAUGUUGGGUGGGUUGAGUUGAAUGAGUGGCUAGAAGGUAAGGGGCUAUUUUUUCCGCCGGAUCCAGCGCCGGGGGCAAAGAUUGGGGGGAUGAUAUCAAUGGGUUGCUCUGGCACAAACGCCUACCGCUACGGCACAAUGAAAGACUGGGUCAUUAGCCUCACCCUUGUCCUCGCCGAUGGCACUGUUCUUAAAACCCGCAAUCGCCCUCGAAAAUCCUCUGCAGGCUACGAUCUCACGAGCCUGAUCGUCGGCUCAGAGGGCACGCUCGCACUCGUCACCGAAGCUGUCCUCAAGGUCGCCACGUUGCCGGUGAAUCUCCACGUCGGCCUAGCCUGUUUUGCGGAGUUACAGACAGCCGUGAAUGUUGUGGGGAAAGUGUUAAAAAGCGGGUUACAGCUUGAAGCAAUCGAACUCGCAGAUAAGCCAAGUAUUCACGCAAUCAACCAAUCCGGACUCGGGGAAGAACCGCUCUUAGAACACCCUACCCUUUUCCUCAAAUUUGCAGGAGGUCAAGAGAUAGUGCGAGCGCAAACGCAAUUCGUCGAGGAGCUCUGCAAACAGCAUUCCGCGCAGUCGGUUGAGGUUUCGGCGGACAAGGGGCGGAUUAAUGUGAUUUGGGGCGCUAGGAAGUGUUUGGGGAAUGCGCUCGUGGCGAUGAAGAAGAGCGAGAGUGAUUUGUUUUUGCAUACGGAUGCGGCUGUGCCAGUGAGUAGAAUGGCGAAGUUGGUGGAGGAGAGUAUAAGGAUUGUGGAGGGGAGUGGGAGUGGGAAGAGGAGGGGGUGGUUUUGUGCCAAUGUGGGACAUGUUGGGGACGGAAACGUUCACACGGCAAUUAUCUGUCCAAAAGAAGACAAAGACGCCGCAGAGCAGCUCCUGUCUCAGGUUCAACGGCUAGCUCUUGAACUCGAAGGUACGAUUACAGGUGAACAUGGUGUAGGAUUGAAGCUACGGGAUUUGCUAGUAAAAGAGGUGGGGCAGGAGGGCGUGGAUAUGAUGAGGAGGAUUAAAAUAGCGUUGGACCCGAAGGGUAUCCUUAAUCCAGAUAAGGUAGUUAGGCUGAGCGCCAAUAUUUGAGGGCUGGGUGGAUGUGCGGAUGGGUCGUUGUUG